AUGUCCUCUGCUGCUGCCAACGCUGCCAAGAAGGCACCCACUUUCCUCCAGACCUGGUUCCGUGUCGAGGUCAUCCCCAUCUACGCCGUCCUCGGUGUUGCUUGCGGUGGUGCUGCCUGGUACGUCACCCGCCUCGCCCGUGGUCCCGAUGUCACCUGGGAUCGCAAGAACAACCCCCACCCCUGGUUGCACAUUGACCAGGACACCCAGCUCAAGCUCAUGACCGUCAAGGAGGGCCAGGGCUUCACCAAGACCUACUCCCGCGACCGUCUGUAA